AUGUUCAUUCGUUGCUGUCGAGAUUGCCAAGAAGAAGAGGUAGAAGUGGAAGCUAACCACACCUGUCAGACCUGUUCUUGUCAUUUGUGCGAUUUUCACUCCAAAAUACAUGUAAGAAAAAACAAAAAUCAUCAAAUCACUACUCACUCUCAAGAUGGUGAUUCGGUUGGUUCCUCUUUGACCUUAAAGAAGUGUAACCAACAUCAGUCAGAGAUCAACUGUUUUUGUCGGGAUUGUGAACAAUUAGUUUGCUCGUUGUGUGCUGUUUCCCAACAUGUAAAGCAUAACGUCUUUCUUAUUGAAUGUAUUGUACAAGAAGAAAGAAAGAUUGUGAAGGAUCAACUCGAUCGUCAUUUGAAACAACGUGACGAAUGGAUGAAACAAAAUUCCAUUUCUGAACAAGUGUUGCAAAAGGAAUUGGGUCUCAUUGAAAAUACAGGAACGGAUCUGAAAAACAAAAUUAAUACCUUGUUUGAGCAACUGAUCGACCAGUUGUACCAGAGAAGAGAUGUAUUGCUGAAGAAGGUGGACAGUGAAUGCACAGAAAGCACUCAGUUAGUGCGAAAGGUUAUGAUUCAAAUGGAAGAACGAAUUGCUUUGGAAAAUGCAUUCUCUGACAUUUCAACCAUGCAUGGCAAUGAAUUAUUGGACAAGAAAGUGGGCUUGUUGAAAAAUUCAACGAAAUUAUUCAAUGAAAUGACUUCACAGUUGGAGAAUGUAAAUCUUCACAAAGUCCAUAACAUCUGUCUCGAGAGAACUGAAAACCGUUUUUAUAAGGAUGUGGUAUUUGCCGUUAACCAAUUAGGAACUGUGAACAAGUACUAUGAUAAAACACAAGUUUCGGUAGACGAAUUGCAAGAACCUAUUCAGAAAUCAGAAAUUCAAAAAUCUUCAUUCAGUGAGACAUAUGCUGAAAGUGAAAUGGAUGAUGUAAACCAACCUCCAAAGCAAAGUGAGUACUCGAUCAGUCAAGAUGAUAAUGUCUUAUUAAGACAUUAUGAAGAAGAAGCUUCUUCCCAAAAGAAAGGCGGAAGGCGUCGUAACAAGCGCAAAAAAGCUUCGUCCCAAAGAUAA